GGAUGGACACAUAGGAUAACAUGCCGGGGAUGGACACAUAGGAUAACAUGCCGGGGAUGGACACAUAGGAUAACAUGCCGGGGAUGGACACAUAGGAUAACAUGCCGGGGAUGGACACAUAGGAUAACAUGCCGGGAAUGGACACAUAGGAUAACAUGCCGGGAAUGGACACAUAGGAUGACAUGCCGGGGAUGGACACAUAGGAUGACAUGCUGGGGAUGGACACAUAGGAUAACAUGCCGGGGAUGGACACAUAGGAUAACAUGCCGGGGAUGGACACAUAGGAUAACAUGCCGGGGAUGGACACAUAGGAUAACAUGCCGGGGA